AUGCGGAGAGUGCCCAAAUUGAUAAAGAAAUGGAAUGAGGGCAGUGACAUCCAAAUUUUGGGUUCUACGCGUACCUUCAACCUGCCCUUUGAAGAUCAAGGUCUCAACGGGGUGAAGAUUGAAGUUAAGCCUCGACAAGCUGCCCCAGAUUUGUCCUACAAGUUCAUCAAGGUGAGCAGAGUCAAAAGGCACAUGCUGCUUUUGGGCGAACACGCGUUCGCACAAACUACCUCUGACCAACGAUAUUGGAAUUGCAGCAAGAAGUCGUCGCCUAAAAAAUGCACGGCAAGAUUGCGUUUUGAUACCGAAGGAAAUAUAGUCUAUUACGAUCUACGUCACAACCACGAUCCUCAAAGGCUGUAUCAGCAGCCCAAUGGAGAGUUUGCUAGGCUUAAAUCAUGGAGUUUGCUGUCAAUUAAACUACUAGAGAAUAUAACAUACGACUUCAUUAACUCGUCGCGGGGUGGCCAGCUGCUGAUGAUCCAAGACUACACCUUCGCGAGGAUCAACAAGACAUGCUACGUGUGGACUUGCUCUAGGAAGUCUAGUCAAUGCAAGGCGAGGGUGAAAAUGAACUCGUCCAACGUUAUUGUAUACUGCGAUCUGUCUCAUAAUCAUCCACCUCCGAAAUACUUCAAAACUAAAGAGGGGAUGUAUAUUAAAAUAAGCAAUCGCACCUCCCGCGUUUGGGUUUGCUCCAACAAAGCCAACGCUUGCAGGGCCAAGGUGUGCAUGAGCAAACAAAACGACAUAAUAACCAAGCUCAAGUACGAGUUCAUUGACUCCGCACGCGGUGGUCAACUGCUGAUGUUAAACACCUACACAUUUGCCAGAAACAACCGCACGUCCUAUGUAUGGAUGUGUUCUUCGAAUAAGUCGAACGCUUGUAAAGCUAAAGUGCGUAUGAAUACAGGCAACGAGAAGAUACUGGACUGCAACUUAGAACACAACCAUCCACCUCCGAAAUAUCAUAAAACAAAAGAGGGAGUCUACCUUAAGUUAUACAGUUAAGCUAGCUUAACGGAAAAUAGAUUCAACUCUUGUAAUGUUAUGCAUGAGUACAGACAACGGAAUACUUAACUACAACUUAGAUCAUAAUUAUAUUUCUCUUUCUAUAUAUUAUAAAACGAAAGAUUUUUAAGUUAAACUAGCUUAAGUGAAAAUAAUAAAGAAAUUCUUUAUUUCUUGCAACAAGGGCCCGUUUGAUACUAAGUUAAUAACGUUAACUGAAUCUACAUGCAUUCUGUAGACUGAAGAAACAUGUAGAUUUAGUUAAUAUGAAGAUAAAUGAGAAAAAUAUUGAAAUAAAUUGAAUUCUUGCAAAGACAACGGAAAACUUAAAUGCAACUUAGAACUUAACAGAUAGAGUCUUAAGUUAUUUAGUUAAAAUAGCUUCAGGUAAAAUUAAAUUCAGCUGUUAUUAAACUACAAUAAAUAAGAGUUAAGACAUAAAAGUCAUACUUAACUGCAACUGAGAAGUUGAUUAACUGCUAAGUUUCAGGAAAGUAUGACUUCGAAUUAUUAUUAAAUGAAAGAUGGAGUUUAAGUUACACAAAUAAACUUAAGUGAAAAUAAAUCCGACUUUUGUAAAGCUUGAACAUGCUUGAGUGCAGACAACGGAAUACUUAAAUGUAACUUAGAUCAUAAUUAUCCUCUUUUAGAUAUAAUUAAACGAAAAUAGGAAUAUGUCUUGAUAUAUGUAGUUAAAAUAGUUUAAGUUCAUUUUAAUCUAACUUUAUCAUACUAAAUUGCACCUUAGGAGAUAAAUAUUUCCCACUCCAACAUAUGAUAAAAUUUAAGGUUAAGAAAAUAUGUAAAAAAAAACAAAAAAUUACAUAAAUAAUAAAAAAAAAAUAUUUGAACUACACUCUACUAUCAGGUGAGAUUGCAGUCAAGGGCUAACUUGUGGUGAUAAAGCUGGAGUAAGCAUGAGCAGCAAGUACAAAGCUGCUGCUGCCUAAGCUCAAGUUUACUUACAUUCACUUAAAUACAAUUUAAAACUGAGGCUCGCCAGUAAUAUAUUCUGUUCCAUCGUUCAAAAAAUAUGCAAAAUUUUGCAAAUUUAAUAUGUAAGGUAUGUUUUAGUUUAGUUAAGAUUUAUUACUAUCAUUUUGUUAUUAUAAGUAAUUAUUAUUUUACGGAAGUGGGGCUUUUCGGCUUGUAGAGUAGUAACGUCAUUAGCUAAAGGUAACGAAUUAACACUUGCAUUAUAUUCUAGAAUUAUUUCUUUUAUAACUAGUAUUUAGAUCAUUUAAUACACCACUA